AGGCCCUGUCAGAUUCCAAAACCAAUUGGCUGGCCGGAGUGUCACUCUUCUGGGAAGCGGACCAACCAUCGCGCGCCGUUUCUUUUAGCCCACCUCUCCACUCGAGCUGGCAGUUUUGGCGGCGGUGUAGAAGAUGGCGGAAAAUUUAAACGGAUGCCACGUGGUGUGCAAAUCUUCUCGGAGUCACCUGCAGUACUUGUGCCGCUUGGAGAGAGUGGCGUGCACAGACCUGGGCAUCAGUAAGAAGAACCUCAAUCACUUUGAGGUGGAGUACCUGUGCGACUACAAGAAAAAGGGGGACCAGGAGUUCUACCUGGUGAAAUGGAAAGGCUACCCGGAGUCCCAGAACACCUGGGAGCCGCGCAAGAACCUCAAGUGCCUGAAGAUCCUCAAGCAGUUCCGUCUGGACCUGGAGCGGGAGCUGCAGCGGCGCAAGCAGCGACGCGGCCUGAAGAAGCUGGACCACAGCCUGGCGCAUUUCAUGCUGCAGAAAGCCAAGCAGCGACAGCAGCUGGAUCGCUGGGAGGCCUCUCUGAACACCACGCGGGCGCACAAGGGGCGGAUCUGCGUCCGGAACGACGUGGACCUCGAAGGGCCCCCCAAGGACUUCACCUACAUCAACAACUACAAAGUGGGCGAGGGGAUCGUGCUGACGGAAGUGGCGGUGGGCUGCGAGUGCCAGGACUGCUUCAAGGAGCCCCUGAAGGGCUGCUGUGCCGGGGCCUCGCUCCACAGGUUUGCCUACAACGACAAGGGCCAGGUGAAGCUGAAGGCAGGGCAGCCCGUGUACGAGUGUAACGCGCGCUGCCGCUGCGGGCCAGAGUGCCUGAACCGCGUGGUGCAGAAGGGCAUUCAGUACGACAUGAGCAUCUUCAAGACGGACAACGGCCGGGGGUGGGGGGUGCGGACCAUGGAGAAGAUUAGGAAGAACAGCUUUGUCAUGGAGUACGUCGGAGAGAUCAUAACCUCAGAAGAGGCAGAGCGGCGAGGCCAUAUCUACGACCGGCAGGGCGCCACCUACCUGUUUGAUCUGGACUACGUGGAGGACGUGUACACGGUGGACGCUGCUCACCACGGGAACAUCUCGCACUUCGUUAACCACAGCUGCACCCCAAAUCUGCAAGUCUACAACGUGUUCAUUAAUAAUAUUGACGAGAGGCUGCCGAGGAUCGCUUUCUUCGCCACCAGAAUGAUCAAAGCUGGAGAAGAGCUGACCUUCGACUACAAGAUGCAAAUUGAUCCAGUGGACGCUGAAAGCACGAGAAUGGAUUCCAAUUUCGGUCUGGCUGGAAUGACUGGCUCCCCAAAGAAACGGGUUCGAGUGGAGUGCAAAUGUGGAAUGGAGUCGUGUCGAAAGUAUCUGUUUUGAAACACCUUUUUUCAAGACUGGACUAAACUCCUUGCCCUGCACCCAACCCUGUGUUUGGGUUUUGAGAUUCGUUACUAAAACCAUCUGAGCAUUUGGGGGGGCCCCCUUCCAAAUAUCCUCCUGAAAUUUUAACUUUAACAUUUUAACUUCCUUUUGAUGAUCGUUUGCUGGAUUUCUGUUCUCAUAGCAAUUACUCAACUAUACAGAUACUCUAUAAAGGAGCAGCUUUAUAGAGUAUCUGUAUAGUUGCAUGAACCAUAGCCAGUGCACAAGACUUUAUUCACAGUAUCUGUUUACCAGAUGGCACUGGCUGAUCUAGCCUGUGUUACACAUGUCUAUGAAAAUAGAAUUUGAAGGGGUUAUUCUUUUAAAGCUAUCUAAAGUUAACUGCAACCCAGCACUUAUAACUAGAACUCUGGUUUAGGAUAAGCAGCAACGAGAUUGCUCAGAUUUCUAGCCAUCGUCAUUUAAAAAAAAAAACUAAACAAAAUACAGGACGGGAGCAUUCGAAUUGUCCAGAAAACACUUGCCGUUGUUUAUAGCUUUUUAAGUAAAGUUAUAGCGCAAACGCAACCAAGAAAAAACAGAUUACAGGACGCAGAAAUAUUAAAUUAUUUUUUGAAACUUUUUUACUUGUAGUGGGACGACUUUUAAAUUGCUUAUAAAAGCUUUUUUUUAUUUUUUAUAAAUAGUUUGUUGAAUUUGUGUUAUGUUUAGUAGACCCUUCUGUCUCCGAUAGAUAACAGUGAAUCCCCAUUCUUAGAUAAGCACUGUUUACAUCGCAUUACCUCAUAUUCUCCCCACACAAAGUGCUUGAAUACUAGUUAGUUGAUUCAUUCUUAAUCUUUAAUUCAGUACAGUGUCGCUGCCUGUCCAAUCUUGGCUAGUCAUUCAAACAGUUUAAGAAAUGUCUUAAAUGUGUACACCUGCUAUCUACACCCUCAAUCUGGAGAAUAAUACAAGGAUACAGCACAGCUUUGCAAUACUCACAUUGUUAUGGAUCUAAAGUCCUGGGUUGACGUAGGGUUUGUUUUUAAAGAAUGCAUUCACACAGCUUGCCCAGUCAUUUAGCCUCUUUUGGCUUGAAAAUAAAACCUGUGCUUUUUUUAAAACUAAAAUGUUCCUAGUAAAAUUCAGCGGUCAGUUCAUAAGCUUGGUGUUCGUAACUGAGGUUCUACUGUAUUUGAAGGAAUAAGACAGCAUCUCAAACUUCACAGCUUGUACUUCCAGUCCAUUGCAUCAUCACUGUGUUGUAAUAUCGUCAAUCUGGUAACACAGGGACUCCGUGACUGGCUUCCAAUCUUGUCAGUCAUUUAGGGCAGCUGAUUGGUUUAAGAAGCAGGGAACGAACGUGAGGUCCACGGGUAGACGUUUCAGGAAGAGGGAUGUCACAUUCAUAAGUAGGAAUGAUGAAAUAUAGCUGUCCCCAUGUGGAUAUAUUAUAAAGUGUUCAAAGUGAAUCAAAGCCCUAGAAUGAAUGCGAGACCAAUUUAUAGGGCAGUGCACUGAAUGAAACCAGUGGGAAUUGUGUUAAAUGUUACUUGAAUUUCUAUGUGGCUGCAUUUACAGUUAAAGCUAACACAAUUGGGUUUAACUUACAAGAGGACCAUUAAUAGAACUCUCUUUGUUUGUUUGCAAUAAAGCUAUUCAAUUUGUCCUUCAUGUACUGAAUUUACAACAGGCAAUCUCUGUCUGUUGUUGGUUCAAUUGAAUAUGUAUUAUUUAGUAUUGGGUAUUAUUAUUUCUGAAAUAUCGCAAAAUGUACAAGUUAUUGUUUUUAUUUUAUAUUUCAACUACAGAAAAAUCUACUUUUUACCUAUCAGUGCAGAGCAAAAUAAAAACUCAAACCACAAACUACCGAUAUCACAAAACUAACACAAAGAAAGCUGAAAAUGCAGUCAUUAGCAGAAAACUAAACAUUAAUUAAAUAAGCAGCUUCUGAUUUCAUAAAUUGCUUCAUAUUUUUUCUAUUAUCUGUUGCUCAUUUUUCUCGGCUUUGAGCUCGUCUGGAGCAGCCUUCCUCACUCCAUUCAAAUCAUGUGACAAUGUGACUUCAACUCUGCCAGCUCCUACUACUCUAGAUAGAGAGAGAUAAUCGAAAGAUCACAUGAUAUGUUAAAAAGGAAUGAAAACAUCUCAACUUCUACCAUGGAGCUUUCUCCAGCAGAAAGAUAAUGUCUCUUCUAAACAUCGCGGUGUAUCCAGAUCACGCUCCCACCUGCCACAGUGCUGGUUCUCUGAUUGAAAGGCGUGAUGUAGGAACCAAAUACCAGCUUUGUUGCAGGAGGGAGCAUGAACUGGAUGCACCAUGUUGCUCAUAACAGAUACUCUUUCUCCUAGCUGAGAAAUGCAUUCGUCCCACGGAUUUACGAUCCAUUGCGUGAAACAGGCCUCGCCCAAAUUAUAGCAUUCAAAGUUCAACUUAAAAAGGCCAAGCAUUGGCUGGGGAUGUUACGUCAUCGACUAACAGAUUAUUUAGCAAUAAAUGUGUGAUUUCAAUGUGGGUGUGUUUUGUUUUGUACAGAGGUUUUACAUUUUUACUGGCAUUGAAAUGUUUGGUGUUUGUUGAACUUGAAAACUCGCUAUCGUUUUCAUAGACCUUUUAUAUACUUGAAAAUACAUUCUCGUAGUGAGUCUUGAAACACUAUUCUAAUAACUGUUGAAACUAAGAUUUAAAUUAAGUAGUCUAGUAUUUUUAUUAAUGCUGUCGGCUUACUGAACAGGGUUUCGAAACCGUGUCUUUCUGUAUUUCCUCUGUGUCCGUUCGUGUCAUUCUCGUUCUUUUGUUAUUAUUUUAUACAAAAAAUAUACAUUUGUAAAAAUUGUUGUAAAUAAAAGUCUAUUGUACACGUC